AUGAGUUACAAGUCAAAUAGUAAAAAGUAUAGCAAUAAAGGUUUGCGCUCGCCAAAACCCAGUCGUGGUCACAGCAAACAGCAGAGUACUCCAAGUAAAAAGCAUUACAGGAAGUAUUAUCAUCAACAACCAUCGAAUAGAUACGUAUAUGUUGAAGAGCCAGAUAGCGAGGCUGAAGAAAGCGAAGACGUAGAUAGUCAAGUUGAUGACGAAGAGGAAGACGAGAAGAAUGUUGCCGAGGAGCACUACGAAGGUGAUAGUGAAGACUAUGACAAUAUCUGUGAAGACUGUGCUGAUGAGGAAUCAUCUAGUGAUGAUGAGGAAGUUUACGAAUUUGAUCUCGAAGCCAGAGAUGAUGCUGAAGAUAGUGAAGACUCAGAGGACAUGAACGACGACGAGGAAGACAACGAAGAUGUUGAAAUUAUCGACGAGAAUGAUAUUUAUGUCGACUCUGAUGGAAAUGAGUAUGUACUUGAUAUCGAGGAAGUUGAAGCAGAACCCGAAGUUCACGAUUUAAACGAUGAAAUUGUUGAAUUUUACGAUGCUCAAGGUUCGACAAGUAGCUCCAGCAGUGAAGAAGAAUCAUCUAGCGAAGAAGAAGAUAAUGAAGAUGUGAUUCGUAUCAUCCGCCCAGAUUCUGAGGAUGAUACCGAGUCUGAUUCAUCAAGCUCAUCAAGUUCAUCAAGUUCAUCAAGUUCAUCAAGUUCAUCAAGUUCUUCAGACUCAUCAAGCUCAUCCGACUCAUCAAGUUCAUCAAGUUCUUCAGACUCAUCCGACUCAUCCGACUCAUCCGACUCAUCCGACUCUUCAAGUUCUUCAGACUCAUCAGAUUCGUCUAGCGAGUCAUCAAGUGAAGAGGAUUCCGAUGAGGAAUUGGAGAUCCCAGAGGAACUUGCAGAAGAAAUUGUGCUUGAAGCAAUCAGACAGGAAUUCGAAAAUGGUUUAGCUAGUCAAGAAGAAUCUUCAUCAGAUAGUGACGAAGAUACUGAAUUGGGUUCAGAGCCAGAGUUUAUUGAAGUCGAAAGUGAUGAGGACGAUACAUCAGAUGAAGAAGGUUUGACUAUUUACAAAGAUAAUUCUAUUUGCGGACCAUGCGAAGACUGUGAUUGCGAAGAAGAAGAAGAAGAAGAAGAAGAAGAAGAAGAAGAAGACAGUGAGGGGGAGGACUACUCUGUCAUUGAUUUGACUGAUGAUGUUGCUAAUAGCGAUGAUUUCAAGUUGGAGGAAAUCGAUGGCAGCACAUACAGGUUAACUGUCAGACUUCCCUCUGUUGUUAAAGAAGAGCUCAAGAUUGAAUUUUUGAAACAAGAGAAUGAGUUGGUGAUUAAGGGAAAAUUGAAUUUUAACAGUCUAGCAGACAGCGACGAAGAAGACAGCAGUGAUGACGAAGACGAAGAGGGUGUUGAAACUACAAAGUUGACUCCUGCUGAAUUUAUCGAGUAUUCAUUAUUGGAAGAUGAUGACGAGGACGAAGAAGAGGAUGAAGAUUUUAAUGAAGAUGACGACAUGGAGGAUAUCUCAUCAGACGAAGAAGAAGAAGAAGUAGGUGACGAUGAUGAGGACCUUCUCCGCGCUGAGGCAUCAGAUGAUGACGAAGAAAUCCAAGAAGAUGCUGAAAAGCUCAUUAAAGAGUACAAAGAUCAAGAAUUUUACUUUGAAAAACAUUUUGAAUUUGACAAAUUGAUCAAGUUUAACAAAAUCAAAGCCAGAUUUGUUGACGACGAUGUGUUAGAAUUAACAAUUCCAAAUAAAAACAAGACAAGCGAUGACGAAAACUCAAUAGCCAUUGACAUUGAACCAUUUGUUGAUGACGAAAGUAGCACUACAGAGGAAUAUGUUUAG